AUGUUCCUCGCCAAGCUCCGCAAGCCGAUCGCAUCGUCUGUGCUUCGCCGCGCCUCGACGGCCGCCGCCGCCUCACCGCUGGUCGACGCCGAUGACGUGGCGGCCCACGCCGAGGCCAUCGAGACAGACUGCAUCAUCAAGACGUACAACCCGGACGGUGUACGCACGCAGAAGGGCCUCGUCUUCACGCACGGAAAGGGCCCGUACCUCUUUGACUCGCACGGCAAGAAGUACCUCGACUUUUGCUCUGGUAUCGCGGUCAACAACCUCGGCCACGCCGACCCCGAGUGGGCGGCCGCGAUCGCCGACCAAGCCACGAAGGUGUGCCAUGUGAGCAACCUCUUCCAUUCGGAGCCCCCGCUCAAGCUCGCAAAGAAGCUCGUGGAACACUCAACGUUCGACAAGGUCUUCUUCUGCAACUCGGGCACGGAAGCCAACGAAGCUGCGUACAAGUUUGCGCGUCUGCACGGCAACAAGGUUGCCAAGGGCACGCCGCUCGAAGGGAAGAAGACGCAUGUCAUUGCCUUCAAGGGCGGCUUUCAUGGCCGCUCGUCUGGGUCGCUCUCACUCACGUACAAGCCUGCAAUCCGUGAGCCGUUCUUGCCCCUCGUGCCCAACAUUACAUUUGCCGAGUACAACAACCUCGACGACGUGAAAGCGCAGAUCUCGGACCACACGUGCGCGAUCAUCGUCGAGCCCAUUCAGGGCGAAGGCGGCGUCAUGCCGGCGAAGGCCGACUUUCUCAAGGGCCUCCGCGAGCUCUGCGACGCCCAUAGCGCGCUUCUCAUCUGCGACGAGGUGCAAACGGGCCUCGGCCGCACGGGCAACCUCUUUGGCCACGAGGUGUACGGCAUCCAGCCCGACCUGAUCACGCUCGCCAAGCCGCUCGCUGGUGGGCUUCCGAUUGGCGCCGUCUUGACGACGGACCACGUCGCGGACGCGGUGACGCCUGGCAGCCACGGCACGACGUUUGGAGGCAACCCCAUCGUGUGCGCGGCCGCCAACGUCGUCAUGGACCGUCUUACGUCCCCCAACUUUCUCUUUAACGUCCAGAAGAUGGGUCGGCUCAUGGCGCAUGGCUUGAAGGAACUCCACGCCAAGCACCCGACCAAGAUCAAGGAGGUCCGGCUGCCCAUCGGCGAGGCUGGUUUGUACGCAGGUGUCGAGUGCCACGGCGCCGUGGGCCCGAUCGUCAAGGACCUCGUGACGAAAGGCGUGAUCACAAUCACGGCCGGCGAGAAGGUGCUCCGCUUGUGCCCGCCCCUUGUGAUCACCGAGACGGACGUCGCGACGUUUAUGAAGGCGCUCGACGAGAGCUUGGCUGCCCACACCAUGUGAAGCAACAAUUAACACAAAUGGAUGUUUCGACGCCAACAACGAAUGGAGGAGCCAAG